AUGAACUACCCGAUCGACGGCAAGCGGCUGAUACACAAGGUCCUCGAGACGGUGGACUGGCUCUCCGAACAGGAGGACGCCGACACGACGUUCGAGUCCUUCUUGAGCGGCUGGUUCCUAGGGGCGGACUGCUCCGAGCUGAAGCGGGGUAACUUGGUGGUGUUUCUGGCAUGGACUCUCUAUGCCAAGGACGUGGACAUGCUUUCGAAGGCAGAGCGGAAGAACGUCAUGAGCAUGAUUAAGCUGAUCGAGGGACGCCUCGGCCGCACCCUGGAGCCGGGCUUCAACGAGCGAGUGAAGUGCAUCCGCCACACUCUCGACCGUGUGGUCCCGUUCUCCCACCGGCCCCUGGCCCUCUACGCGGUCCUCGGGCUGGCCCGCGCCCUUCUCCGGAUCGCUCUCGGCUUCUGCGGCUUUCGCCGGAGGCUCGCCCCCUGCGGUUCCUUCAUGUACUGGCACCGGCAAGCGCCUCCGUCUGCGGCGGCGGCGGCGGCGGCGAUGCCGGAGAAAACGGAGGGCCCCGGGCCUAUAGUUUUUUUCCACGGGGUGGGAGCGGGCCUGCCGUUCUACGUCCUGGCGCUCUGGAAAAUGUGCCGGCACCGGACCUCCAUCAUCGUGGAGGCCCCAUCCAUCAUGAUGAGCCUCGCCCUCCUGAGGGGACACACGCCCCCCUCCGAGGACCAGCUGGUGGAGAGCGUGGAGGGCAUCUUGGAGAGGCACGGGGUGAAGCGGGCGGCGUUUUUCGGGCACAGCUUCGGGAGCAUCUCGGUCGCCUGGAUGGCCAGACGGAAGCCGCACCUGGUGUCCCAGAUCGUGCUGCUCGACCCGGUGUGCCUGCUGCUGUUCCUGCCCAACGUGGCGAGGUCGUUCCUCUUCCCGGACACGGACGGGAUGCCGCUGCACGAGAGGCUGAUGCUGUACCUCGUCACCAGGGAGAAGGGGAUCUCACACACCCUCCGGAGACACUUCUGGUGGUACGCGAACGUCAUGUGGCCGGAGGAUAUCAAGUGCCCCAUCGUGGUGGGACUAGCCGGACAGGACAAGAUCGUGCCCUGCAAGCCCCUCCGCCGGUAUCUUCUCUCGCACAGCACCUUUGCGACGAGCUCUUCCUGCCCCUCCGGACUAAACAUGAGCUCCGUCGAUGGCUUAAUCAACCGCGGGGGAGGCGGCAGCAACGGUAAGCACAACGACGAAAGCGUCGGCAGUAGUAGUGGGACCGGAGACGGCAGUCUUCGAAAGGGGAGCGGCUGGACACCAGCGGGUGGCGGCGGCGGCGGCGCCAGGGGUUUCGUCACGAACGUGAACGGCAACAACAGGUGCAAGGUCCACAAGUGCGUCGGCGGUUACAAGUGUAACGGCCACGGUGGUCCCGCCGCGUCUCAUGGUUCCGCCGUGCGUAACGGCGGCCUCGUUUCGACCGCAAACGGUGGCGGCCACGUCAGCAAGGCAGCGGUGUUGGGUCAAUCACCGGAGGCGCCAGGCAAGCGGGAGAUUGCCAAGGCCAAGAGUGACGGUAGUGAUUCCGGCGGCGACGGCGUCGUCAAGCGGGUGGAACUUGUCUAUUGGACGGAUGCAGGGCACGGAAACGUGCUGGGGGACCCACGGGCGCUGGACGAGUUUGUGCGGGUGGCCACGGCUCAAGGAGCGGCGCUCUCGGUCAACUAG